AUGGCUCCUAUACCGCUCCUUAAUCGUUUAAAGGCCAUCCCUCUAAAUGAGAAUGCAGAAAUAAAGUGGACUAACCAGAAGUCAUCUGUAGUAAAGUCCGUAACGCUAGGUCUUUCUCUGACUUUAAGAAAAGGGAUCCCAGCUUAUUCUAAUCUAGGACAGCUCUCGAAGAUAAAGGAGGUCAUAACACAUCUUAUCUUUAAGAUUUAUAAUGCCCUCUUUAAUCACUUUUUGAAAGCAGAGGCGCUGCUUAAACGUAAGCGUGUUCUAUGGAAAUCAGAUAUGCUUAAAGCACUUAUAGCUAGUCGCUUAAAACUUAAUGAGUACUACUCUUAA